GAGGCGUGCAAUACGUGGCCGGCGCAGCAGCAGAAAGCAGACAUAUCGACACGUCGGCGCCGGAAAAAAGAUUUCCGUCACACAUCCGGCCUCCACACAAGCUAGUUGCCGCUGCUUCAGUUUCGCCCGUCGGUUGGGCUCGACAUUUCAACCGUGACAGGCUGUGCGCGGUGAUGUUGUAGUGCAGUGCUGCAAACGACGUGCUCAGGACAACUCUUCGCUUCCUCGUGCGUGCUACGUCUUGGUCAAGGCCGAGGUGCGAGAGGAAGAAGCCGUCGGAGGAAGAUAGAAGCGGAAAAAAAAAAGAUUUAAGAACAAAGUCGCGCGUGAGUACGCGUACGCGAUACCGUUUGGAAACCCAACGACCGGAACUGGCGGACCCAUCAGCAGCCGUCGUCUGAGGGGCGGGGAAACGACGCUCCCGGUUGAGGACAAGCGAUAGCUGCCGGCACCGGCAUUUCAUCCCUCCACCCACACUUAACCAGGAGCCCGCGCGCGACACUUCCGUCGGUCUUCACCGAAUCUCGGUAGUUGGGAAGCGAUUGUCAACGAGCAAGCUCCGCUGGCCCGUCUUCCCGCCUCCCUGUCCAGAAAAAAAAAAAAGGCAAGAGCGAAAGACGGAUGGUGUGUGUUUCAGCGAUGCGGGAGAGCAGCGGCUGAAGAAAGCGAGAAAGUGACAGGCAGGCCUUUCCCCUACAGCCGCCGCUUCUGCGGCCAGGCAGCAGGGGCUGCCGCGUCUGCCGUGGUUCUUGCCUCUGUUGUUGUGAGUCAGUCGUAAGGGCGAAAGGAACUCCACCGCCGCUACGCGGCCUCCGCCGCGCCCGCCGUAGUGCGCUCGCUUCGCUUCUCGGCUGUCACUCGGAGACGAGAUACGCGGUGAAGGCGCGUCGUAUCUCUCGAAUUUAGCCGAACCCCGCCACAACGAGAAGGAAGUCAGUCUGUCUGCCCAUUCGGCUGCCGCCGUUCACGGACAGGAUACUACUCGGUAAGACCACUCUACUCUACGUGGUCCUCCUGGUUAACCACCCAGCAUCUGAUAAUCGCCGUCAAAGAGCACUUGGCUCCUCCAUUCCCAAGGGCAAGAUGGAGGUGACGUCACUAUCGUCGUUUCACUUCGAAGACCGAAGGCACAACGAGAGUGCUGCGAUGGUUGCUGGACGAAGGCAUCAUUCUGGGUGGUGCACCGAUGAAACCGUGACAGUUCAAGUGAUGCUAUCUGGUUAUUAAGCACCGAUGUUCCCUUCGUCGAGAAUUCCAUUACGUGGCGCAGACGUCACCGCUUCGUCGUACGCAUCGCCUGGCUGAAAGGAUGACGUAAGCUGGUUCGGUGCCUGCUGCAGCUUCUGCCCUUCGAGAGGACUGCUGUAGGGAAAAACAAUGGCGAUGACGGGCUCCAACAGACCCGAGCUACGCCUCGCAUACCGCAUCUUCGUCACGGUCAACAUACUGCUCGCCGUUUACAACAUGAUAUGCUUCCAGAUGCCCCGCGCCGACGUGAAGCCCUGCGUGCUGGUCGUCGCCAAUCACUCCCAGCAGGAAGCCGCGGAUUUCGGCGCGAAGGUUUCACCACUUCCGAUGCCACCUCAACCACAGUCACAACCGAUCAAAACAGCGCCGGCGAACGUCGUCGACAAGCCUCAGUUUCAGAACAGGCAACCGCUCCAGUCAAAGGUGGCCACAACACGCGCGCCAAGCGAAGCGCGUCUGGGACGAAUCAUCAGCAGCGGCGCCUUUGGCGACGGGGUCAACUCCACGCCGAAAAAAGAAUCGACUUCAUCGGCCAAGUACGUCGUUCAGCGGGACUUCAUACCCUCGGACCUUUCGGUGCCGUUCAACGACAGCGUCACCCUCACGACGCAGGCAACUCACGAGUUCCUACAGCACGUCCCGGUCCUGUGCUCGCGAUGGCAGGGCCCCAUCUCCGUGGCAGUCUUCGCGCCGGGCACCGACUACGCAGUCGCGCUGGACAAGAUCGCCUUCCUGCGCCACUGUGAUGACCCAUGCGUGAGUGCGAACGUGACGUGGCACAUGGUGUACGACAGGGACCACGCGCCGCCGGCGGCAGUCGUGGUCAGCUCGUCGUCUUCCGCGGACUUCCUCCAGUCCUGGAACGGCUCGUGCGCCUCGGACGUGAUGGAGCGGGAGUACGCUCAGUUCCGCAAGGCGCACAGGAUGACCUACCCGAUCAACGUGCUCCGAAACGUCGCGCGGCGUCGGGCGCGCACGCGCUACAUCCUCGCGUCGGACAUUGAGCUGUACCCGAGCGCCAACGUGAUACCGCGCUUUAUGAACUUGGUCGCCGAGCGCUGGCAUCGCAACGCCACCGAGGCUAGCGCGUCGCAGGUGUUCGUGCUACCCAUAUUCGAGGUGCAGGCCAAGCAGCGGCCUCCGCUGACCAAGCGAGUCCUGGUCGAUAUGCUGCGAAAUAAGUCGGCCAUCUUCUUCCACAAGUGGGUCUGCGACCAGUGCCAGAAGUUCCCCAAGCGCGAGGAGUGGGUCGAGUACGUGCCGGCAGAGGACGACGCGCUGGGCAUCCUCACCACGACCAAGCGCGACCGCACCAAGCGCUCCUGGGAGCCCAUUUACAUCGGCACCAACGACGACCCUUUCUACGCCGAAGAGCUGACGUGGGAAGGCAAGAGGGACAAGAUGUCGCAGAGCUACGAGCUUUGCCUGCGCGGCUACGAUUUCCACAUCCUGGACAACGCGUUCCUGGUGCACGCACCCGGCAUCAAGACCAUCAUCGCCAGCGAGGAGCGUCGCAGGGUACCCUUCGUGAAAGUGAACAAUGCGCACCACGCGCGAAUCAUGAACAGCCUCAAGUCUCGAUAUCCGGCGCUAGCCAAGGACUGUUAGCGAACCCCCAGUGCGUGUGUGUUUGUGCGUGAUUGCGUGCCUGCGAGUGCAUGGAAAAACAUCGUGUAAUAUAUACAAAAUCUGUAUUAUAAAGAGUACCUCCGCCCGUGUUUUACUUA